AUGGCUGCUCCUACAAUCGACCCCAAAUACCUAAACCUCUUCCAAACACUGGAAUCCCGCUUCGCCCAAGCAACCUCCAUCCCCGCCGACAAAUGGGCUAUCCUUGCAACAUCCACACUCGUUGCCAGCCCAGACCCUGAACGCGCCGACCAGCUAUACCUCUACCUCACCUCGCAACCCGCCUACAGCACCUCCGACGCCAGAAAGCAGCUAGUCCGGCGCCUCCGCGAAGCGCUCCUGAAGUCCGUCAUCAUCGUCGGCGUCUGCAAGCCCAUCGAAGCAAUCCUCGCCAUAUCCAAGGUCGAAAGAGAAGAAGAUAAAGACUACUCACCCGCAACGCGCGAAGGCUGGGCCUGCGACGAAGCGAACCACGAGCGCGGCGUUGGCUGGUUCAACAAGCUGUAUGCGAGGAACGGCAACGCCACGCUGGAUCUGUUUGCGGCGCACAAGGACUUCUCCUGGCUGAGUAUGGAGAUCACUUACGGCUUCUUCUUGAGUGACCGUCAGGUGCUGGAUGAUGUUGAUACGCAGAUGGUUGUGCUUCCCGGCAUUAUGAGCCAGAAUCUGCCCACCGAGACGAGUUGGCAUAUUCGUGGGACUAGGAGGCUUGGGGUCCCUAUGGAGGAUGUGAAGGUUAUCGCUGAGUGUACGAAGAUUGUUGCGGACUUCUAUGGGAAGACGUUGAAUAAGGUUCCUAGUGUUGAAGAUGUGGAAAAGGAUGUAUAA